AUGCGCCGGCACAUUCCCCGUCUGCUGUCAUCUUUUCGACCGAGGCCUUCAACCUUUCCCUCAACCCGACCUAUACUAACAUUCAAUGCGACACGGUCCUCUUCUACCUCAACCUCUCCUUCGACUUCGGCUUCAGACCUCUCCUCAUCGCAGAUACCAUCACUCUUCACCCCUUCGGGAGACCCAUCCUCUUCAAAACCUUUUUACGUCACCACCCCCAUCUUCUAUGUCAAUGCUUCCCCUCAUAUAGGACACCUACACUCACUACUCCUAACAGACGUCCUCGCUCGAUUCUCCCGCUUGAGACACCCAGAUAGAAAAGUUAUCUUUGCAACGGGCACGGACGAACAUGGUAUGAAGAUACAGCAGGCUGCUAAAGCGAGGGGAGUGGGUGAACAGGAAUUCUGCGAUGACGUUUCAGAAAGGUUUCGAGAUCUAGCUAAAUUGGCUAAUGCCUCGAAUACCGAUUUCAUACGAACUACCGAAGAGAGACAUCAAAAAGCGGUCGAGUAUUUUUGGCAAAAACUAGUAGACCGAGGAGAUAUAUAUAAAGGAACCCAUUCAGGAUGGUACUCCAUAUCGGACGAGUCAUUCUACGCCGCUUCGCAGGUGACGAAAAGGGAAUCAGACGGCGUGAUGGUAGCUUUGGAAAGUGGUAACGAGGUGAUAUGGGAGGAAGAAACUAAUUGGAAAUUCAGGUUGUCGGCUUAUAAAGGUUUUUUGAAUGAGUGGUUAUCAAAGCCGGAGUCUGUCCAUCCACCAUCAGUUCGUCAACAUCUUUUAUCCCAGAUCAAUAACCUCGAAGACUUAUCUGUAUCAAGACCCAAGUCAAGGGUGAAAUGGGGUAUACCCGUGCCCAAUGAUCCUGAUCAAUCGAUAUACGUCUGGGUAGAUGCUUUGAUAAAUUACUUGACCGUUACUGGGUAUCCAACACAGAACGAUGGGUGGCCCGCGGACGUUCAUGUAGUUGGAAAGGAUAUAACCAAAUUCCACGCCAUACAUUGGCCAGCGUUACUAGCUUCCGCAUCCCUCUCACCUCCUAGGCGAGUCAUUGCUCAUGCGCAUUGGACAAUGGGUAAAUUCAAAAUGUCGAAGUCCAAGGGGAAUGUGGUAGACCCGAUCCAGGCAAUGAGAGACUGGAGUGUAGAUGGUGUGAGAUGGUAUCUCAUGAGAGUCGGUGGUAGCUUGACGGAUGAUGCUGACUAUGCACCAGAUCAAGUGGAAGUCCACUAUCGGAUCCUAGCGGAUCAAUUUGGAAAUUUACUAUCACGUAUAUCAGGUUCCAAAAUGUUGAAAAAGGCUACCAGAGAUUUAGACCUUGUCACGCCGAUGUCGCAAGAUAGAGAUGAAGAUUUGGAUAGACUGUUAGGUGGAUUAAGGGAUGGAUUUGAGACUAAGAUGGAAAUGUAUGGGGUUAGUGGAGCUUGUCAGAGCGUUAUGGAUGUUAUAGCUGCUACGAACAAAUUGUUCACCGACCUGAAACCAUGGUCCGCCGAAGACGGCACCAAAGCGAUAAUCCACGCUUAUCAUUCCCUACGAAUCGCUUCAAUCUUACUACAACCUAUAAUCCCAAUCAAGUCGAUAGAAGCUCUAGACAGACUUGGUGUACCCUCCAAUAAGAGGACAUGGAAUGACGCUGUUUGGCCUCAGAUAGAACAGAUAAGUACGAAAGAAGUGGUAGAGAGGUUGAAGCAAGGAAGUGAGGAAUGGAAAGGCAAAGGUCAUUUGUUCCCUUUGCCUGAUAGAGGGAAACAUAACCUGUCGGAGUGA